AAUAGUGGCGCAAUGGCGGACUGCGACGUUCUAUGAUGACUUCUGUGGUUCUGUGUGUAAAACAGUAGAGACAGGGAUACUUGCGCGAUUCUUCUGAGUUCAUCGUUGUUUGUUUUGAUACCGGAAAGUAGAAAUUUUCGAAGUGAAAUUCAAUAUAGAAGUUAUUCGACCUUCAGAUUUCGUGUGAAAAUUGUCAGAUCAUUCGGAAUUUUGGACGAUUCCUUAGCAACUAACAAUUAAUUUCUGUUGUAGAGAAAUUUUUCGGUGUUAUUUGAUGACGUGAGUUUCAUCAUGGCUUGGCAGCAAUCAGGAAAUCCAUAUCCUCAACAAGGUGGCCCACCUCCUCCCGGUUUCUACCCUGGUGGACAACCAUAUCCAGGACAAGCACCGUACCCAGGACAAGCUCCAUACCCAGGUCAAGCGCCCUAUCCAGGCCAAGCACCAUAUCCCGGACAAGCUCCAUACCCGGGUCAAGCGCCGUAUCCAGGACAAUCUUAUCCCGCUGGCAACAUGCCCAAUUACAGCUAUGGUACUCCUGAAACCGCCGGCAAUAAUGCCGCUGGUGGUUUCGCUUUUUCGGAUAAGACCAUCAGAAUGGCAUUUAUACGUAAAGUGUACGCUAUUCUAACGGCGCAGUUGGCGGUUACUGGAUUCUUCAUCUUGUUGUUCGUUUCGAGUUCUGGUAGUCAACAAUUCGUCGCUAGGAAUUCAUAUAUGAUAUGGAUUGCCUUGGGUGUUACAAUUGUCACUUUGUUAGCAUUAACUUGUUGCGAAUCCGUAGCUCGAACUACUCCGACCAACUAUAUCUUUCUGUUUGUAUUCACUAUAGCCGAAGGUUUUUUGUUGGGAGUCACCUCAUCUAAAUUUGGAGUUCAGCAGGUUUUGUUGGCUGUCGGAAUCACCGCUUUGAUAUGUUUCUCCCUUACUGCGUUUGCGUUUCAAACAAAAGUGGACUUCACCGCGAUGGGAGGAGUUUUACUCAUAUUGGUCAUCAUAUUAAUGGUAGCCGGUAUAAUUUUGAUGUUCGUUCCGGCUAUCAAACCGAUACGCAUUUUAUACGCGAGUGCGGGAGCAUUUAUAUUCUCAUUGUAUUUAAUUUACGACACUCAAAUGAUGAUCGGCGGCAACCAUAAAUAUUCUCUGUCGCCCGAAGAUUACGUAUUCGCUGCUUUAGCGAUUUACUUGGAUAUUGUUAACAUUUUCCUCUACAUAUUGCAAAUCAUUAAUGAGAUUUCGAAAGAUUGAUUUUGUUUGGUUUUAAAUUAUAAUGAAAUUUUGUUUUCCUAAAUUUAAAUUCAUAUUGCAACACCGGUGAAGUAAUUUUUUUUAAUUUGUUUUUCUGUAACGUCGAAUUUUUACUUUGUAUUUUAACUUUUUCCAAGGUUAUUUUGUUUACUCGAUUGUUUAUUGUAAUUAUUAUAGAAAUUUAGUUGGCUUUCAUUUUCCGUACACAUUCCUAUUUUCAAGUUGCCAUUUUCUAUUUUUCUUACCAUGCAUGAAUCGAAAAGACUUUCUUAUUCCUGUUAUAAUCAAUCUUAUGCUAGGAGAUAGUUAUAUUGCGUGUAUAUUUUGUUCUCUUAUCUCUAGUCUCGUAGUGAAAAUAAUCUUAGGAUAUUUAUUCGAAUGUUUUUACUUCACUAAAAGUAAUACCUACCUAUAAUGAUAAUUAUUGUUAUUCGCAAAAUUUGGUUUAUUUUAAAUUUCCAUAAGUCUACCUAAAUAUGAUGAGGAUGAUUUGAAUUUAAUGUACCUGUACGCGUUUGAAUAUGUGUGCAUCAAGAUGUUACAUUCUUUAAAAUGAUGAAUAAUUUGUAAUUAUAUGUAUCUAUUCUUUUC